AUGCACAUGCAGCUGGGAGGGCCGUCGUACAACGUGCCGCUGGGCCGCCGGGACGCGCGGACGGCGAGCCAGGCGGCGGCGAACAACAGCAUCCCGGCGCCGACCUUCAGCCUGGACCGCCUCGCCUCCACCUUCGCGUCGCACGGCCUCUCCCUCCAGGACCUCGUCGUGCUGUCCGGAGGGCACACGCUGGGCUUCUCCCGCUGCACCAACUUCCGGGACCGCCUCUACAACGAGACCGCCACCCUGGACGGCUCCCUCGCCGCCUCGCUCCGGGCCGUGUGCCCGCGGGCCGCCGGCAGCGGCGACGACAGCCUCGCCCCGCUCGACCCCACGCCCGCGCGCUUCGACGGCGCCUACUUCGCCUCGCUGCUGCGGAGCAGGGGAGUCCUCCACUCGGACCAGCAGCUGUUCGCUGGCGGCCUCGGCGUCACGGACGCUCUCGUGAGGUUCUACGCCGCCAACGCCGACGCGUUCAGGAGGGACUUCGCGGAGGCCAUGGUGAGGAUGGCCAGCCUGAGCCCGCUCACCGGGAGCAGCGGCGAGAUCCGCAACAACUGCAGGAAGGUGAACUACUCUUGA